CACUCGCCUCGCCGCAGGCGGUCACGAUCAAUGCCGCAUCCCUCCGCUGCCGGCCUGCUCACACAGCCUCCUCUUCCUCCAGUCCUCCUCCCACGCACCACGGGCGAACAAAAGCACAAAAGCCAACCCACACCGCACCACCCCUACUACCCCUAGGAAACGACGACCGCAACUACAUACCAGCCAGCCGACCCGACCCCCAGCAGUCUUGCAGGCUACAGCCCCUGCGGCACCAGAGGGAGCGGCCGCGGCAGGGCGUCCUCGUCGCCGCGGCAGGGCGCUAGGGCAGGCAGGCAUGCGCUGAUGGAAUUCACGGCCCAGGAGGGGGAGGAGCCCGUCUCGGAGGAGAUGGGCGCGAGCUCCGCGCCGCCGCCCUGCCUCGGCCCCGGCCGCGGCCCGGGGAACCAGAACCACGCCGCCGAGGCGACGUACCACGAGUGUCUGCGCAACCACGCGGCGGCGCUGGGCGGACACGUCGUCGAUGGCUGCGGCGAGUUCAUGCCCGAGGACGCCGACAGGCUCAAGUGCGCAGCCUGCGGCUGCCACCGCAGCUUCCACCGCAAGGGCGACGCGGGGCGCCGCCACCAGCUCCUGCUGCCGCCGCCCGCCGCGGCGGUCCCGCGCGUCCCGCUGCUCCUGCCUCCGCCCCACCCCUACGCGGCCGGCGCUGCCCACCCCCACUACGCGUCGCCGCCGCUGUUCCCGUACCACGGCACGCCCAGCGGCACCACGACCGAGUCGUCCAGCGAGGAGCGUGGCCCGCCGUCCGGGUUCGCCGCCGCGCCGCACGCGCACGCGCAGGGCCACGUCCGGCGGAAGCGGAUCCGGACCAAGUUCACGCCGGAGCAGAAGGAGCAGAUGCUGGCGUUCGCGGAACGCCUCGGCUGGCGGAUGCAGAAGCAGGACGACGCGCUGGUGCAGCACUUCUGCGACCAGGUCGGCGUCCGGCGGCAGGUCUUCAAGGUCUGGAUGCACAACAACAAGCACAUCGGCAGCGGCGGCAGGAGGCAGCCGCCGCCGCACCUGCCGCCUCCCGAGGGGCAGCAACAGCCCCAGCAGCCCCAGUAGCCACGGUGGGAGACAAGGCUCAGCAGUCAGCAGCACCACCACCACCACCACCAUUUGCUUAAUCCCCCGCCUCAUUUUUUUAUGGGCUCCGAGAGGGGGUGUGGGAUUAAACAAGGGAAGUCAGGAGGGGUUCCUAUCCUUUCUUCCCUUCCGUUUUUGGGUUCACCUUAUCCUUGAUUUUUUGUAGUCACUUCACGUCUUCACCAUCCUCUUUUGCUUCACGAUUCUUGCUUGCAUAUCUUUGGUUUUAUUCUGUUCUUACUAGCUUGGGGGAUCAAUUGGAAGGAGGAGGAGGCACUGUGCAUGUUUUGUAGCUACAAUCCUGCUACCUUAUUGCCAUUUAGCCCCCUUCGGCGAGCAAGGUUAACCAAUCUAAAUUCCGAUCUAUAUUUCCAUCUUCACUUAAUCUGUUAAUCAAUAGCGAAUAUAGCCGGUGGUCUCU